GCAAGCCCCAAGGCGGCUCCAACGUCGAGCCGAUUAAACGAAAUCGACAAUAAACAUAAAAGCAAAGAAACCAAUAAAGUGUGGCAGAAAACGCGCGCGCGUGCUACUCCUUCCGUGAAAAAAAUUGCAUGCAAAAAUUCUUGUGCGCCAUUUAUCUCAAAAACUCUACCACGUGCAGAGUUUAGGAAGAAAAAAAGUUUGCAAAAUAAAUAUUGAAAUAUAUUGAAGAAUUUCAACAACAAUUGAAAAUCGUGUGCGUGAGUGUUUGUGCCGAAUUCAAUUAACGCGAGUGCUACAAAAGAUUUAAAUAAAUAUAUGCAUUAGAAAUGUGACUAAUACAGCGAGAAAAAAUAACAAAUCAAAAUAUUCAACAACUAAAAAUUAUUAAAACCGAUAUUCAAAAUAAAUCAAACCAGUACCAGCAAGGCAAGCGUUUUGGCGAAUAAGAAACAACUAAAGAAGCGUUAAGCCAUUAACUAAGUGUCCAGUGAUCAGGGGACUAAGUCAAGAUGAGCAUCAUAGAUAGCGGCAAAUAUCGGCUGCGCAAGGAUUGGGCCAGCGCCUCCAUACCAUCAUUGGUCAAUAUCGAUGAGCAUGGCGACGAUGAGACAGAGAGCUCCAUGAAUAUAACGGCACCAGUGCCACCACAGAAGCCACCGCGACGCAGUUCGCUGGCAUUGGGUCUGUUCUCGAGCAAAUCGGACAAGAGCCAGAAGCGACGCAGCUCCAUAGCGGUCUCAUUCCUCAGACGCGAUAGCAGCAAAAACUCCACCAAAGAAUCAUACGAAUCGGCUGUGCGCGUUGAGAAAUCCGAUGGUUCGAACACACCCGCAAAUAAUAGCUCCGACAUAGUCUAUAGCUCGGAGGAAAAUAUACGUGCCAGUUCACCCAAUGAUCCCAAUAAGGUCACAUAUUUCGAGGACGGCACACAGACCCGCAAUGUGGUCAAGGGCAUGAAUCCCUAUGAGACUCCAAAUGAUCGUGCCCGACGCCGUCGUAGCUCUUUGCAGACCAAGCUUGAUCGCCAUCGUCGCAAGAAAAUGGAAUUCAAUCAGAUAAGCCUGGACUCGGGCGUCAGCUAUAGCGAGUCGCAGACCGAUUUGACCAAUGAUAGUAUGGCUGGACAGUCCGGCCCAUCCUCUGCCAGCAAUUAUGCCUCCAAUGGCGAUAAUAAUAAUGAGGAUGACGACGACGACGAUAUUGUCGAUCCCAGUCAUAUCGAGUAUUUUCCGCGCGAGAAACGUCAUUCGUGGUGGAAUAUUUUUGUGCCAGAUAAUUUCAAGACCAGGUCACGUAGGGCUAGUCAAGAUGUUUCCAGUUUGUCACGCAGCGUUGACAAUUUGGCGAUACCCGUGCGCAGGAGCAAAUCGCGAAGCGUCGAUCAUGGCCUUGCGGCGCCAUUUGAUUUGGAUUCAUUGCGUUCAAAAGUUGAGCAGCGCUUCGAAAGUGUCGACAAAUUGUCAAAGCAAAAGUCUUCAUUGCCCACCAUACCCACCAUUUCCUAUACCGUGGGCAAUCGCGACACACUCACAUCGGUUGCGGCCCGCUUCGAUACAACUCCUUCGGAGCUAACGCAUCUGAAUCGCUUGAACAGCUCCUUCAUAUAUCCGGGCCAGCAAUUGCUGGUGCCCGAUAAGAGUGCCAAAGAUGAUGCCUCGACCAGCUCCUCGACGGGCACAGGCGAUGAGAAGGGUGGCGGUGGCGGGAGCGUCUCCGGCAAGUCCAGUCCCAUUGAAAGGAAAUUGUCAAAUGAUGAGACCAGGGAAGAGAAAGAUAUACUCGAGGGUCUACGACCCGGUUCUCCCAAACCCGGACACAUUGAACGCAUCGGCGGUAGUGGCAGCGGCGACAAAGCUGAGGAGGAUGUGGCCAAAAGCGAUGAUCCGGUCAUCACACAACGCUUUCUCAAAAUCAAUGUGCGUCACAUUACCGAUGGCCAAGGCGUUGUGGGCGGAGUCUUGCUCGUCACGCCCAAUGCCGUAAUGUUCGAUCCGAAUGUCAGUGAUCCGCUGGUGAUUGAGCACGGACCGGAGAGCUAUGGUGUUAUAGCGCCGAUGGAUUUGGUGGUGAAUGCGGCCAUAUUCCAUGAUAUCGCACAUAUGCGUGUGGCUGGGGGCGCCGGACCGAGCGUUGCUGCCGGCAGCAUCGAAACGGAAAAGCCAGAAAUCUAUUAUCCUAAACCAGUAUUAGUGGAGGAAGACUCGAAGGAGGGCGAUCAGCCACAGGAUGAGGAGGGCAGCAAGCAACGCUUGGAGGCCGAAAUAGGUUCGCUGGAGAUAGGCGAUGAUCAGGAGUCGCUCUGCUCGAGCACUGGACGCGAUGGUGAUGCCUUUCCCAAGGCCUUUGAGCGCGAACGUGUUGAGGACGAUAAAUCUACGGAAGCCAAAGAUAGUGCAAAGACUGAUGGUUCUACUUCGCAGGAAGAAGAUGAUAAGAAAACUUUGGGCUUGGCAGAUACGCGCACCACUCUGGAGGAGCGUCGCAAGAGUCUAUUGGAUCAUCAUUGGGCGAUUCCGAGCAAAGAUCGCUAUUAUUUGUCUAAUUCCCGAAGAUCAUCGGAAGACGAGGCCGACAAUGAAUCCAAUACAACCAUUGAUAGUGGCGCACGCGGCACCCAAGAACCACACUCGGCCACCAGCUCGAUGAGCGGCGGCAUUGGACUUGGCCCUGUCCCUGGAGCUGGCUUGGGUGCAGCGGGAAUUGGAGCUGCAGGCAUUUUGCCGCUGCCGGCUGCUGCUGGCGGUCUGGCUGCCAUAGACCUCGAACACUUGGAGCAAUUGUCGAAGCAAUCGUGCUACGAUUCAGGCAUUGAUAUACGCGAACCCAUACCCAACAUACAGCCCAUACCAAAGAAAACAGUUUACAGUGAUGCCGAUAUUGUGCUCAGCUCCGAUUGGGUACCACCGAAAACCAUUGUACCGACGCAUUUCAGUGAGUCGCCGCCACGCAGCACCAUUCUCGGCCAGAGCCUUGAUGCCGGCACCGGCGGUGCUCGCAAAAAGACCUCCAGUGUGAGCUUUAGCGUCGACGAUGAGGCAGCACAGCAGGCACAGGCAGCGGCAGCUGCUCAGACCAGCGAUAAGCAGACGGAGAAGAAAAAUAAGAUGCUGAAACGUCUAUCAUAUCCCUUAACUUGGGUGGAGGGUCUUACAGGCGAUGGGACGGCGGGCACAGCCACGCCUCCCGGCACUGGUAGCCUCAACAAGUCAGCGGACACAGAUUCGGCGCCCAAUACGGGUGAUUCCAAUCAAAGCGUAUUUUCGAAAGUAUUCUCAAGCUCGCCCAUCACUCUGGUCUCAGAGCUGGGCGGCAAUCUAUUUUCGAAAACACCGUCCGAAGACUCUGGUGGCUCACCAGUGCCGCCCUUGACUCCGCACUCGACACAUUCCGAGGGUCACAUGACCUAUGGACGUUCCUCAAUUGGCACUUUCAUACGCCCACAUUCGUCGGAGGGCACAUCGUCCAGCACCAAACUCAAGGAGGCGAAGCAGCAGCCCAAGCUGGACUAUCGCUCCAUGGUAUCGAUGGAUGAUAAACCGGAACUAUUUAUCAGUGUGGACAAACUCAUACCACGUCCAGCACGCGCCUGUCUUGACCCACCAUUGUAUUUGCGCCUGCGCAUGGGAAAACCCAUUGGCAAGGCAAUACCGCUACCAACCUCUGUCAUGUCCUAUGGCAAGAAUAAGUUGCGUGCGGAGUAUUGGUUCAGUGUGCCCAAAAAUCGCGUUGAUGAGCUCUAUCGCUUUAUUAACACCUGGGUGAAACACCUGUAUGGUGAGCUCGAUGAAGAGCAGAUCAAGGCACGCGGUUUUGAGUUAAUUCAAGAGGAUACCGAAUGGACCACCAAGGCCAGUGGCCGCAGCGGCAGCCAGGAGGGUGAGGAGAUUAGCGACCUAACGCGCGAAUCCUGGGAGCUUAUAAAGGCGCCCUUCGCCAAGACCUACAAGAUUAUAAAAACGGCAUCGCAUGCCGCAUCGCAUGAUUUGGAAAUGUUGGGCGGCGAGGUGCUGUCUAUGAGCACAGAUGAGUAUCGCAAGGCCUCUCUAUUUCCAACUGGUUCCUUCGAUUUGGAUUUCCCCAUACCGGAUCUAAUUGGCAAAACAGAGAUAUUGACCGAGGAGCAUCGCGAGAAACUCUGCUCACAUUUGCCAGCGCGUGCCGAGGGCUACUCCUGGUCCCUGAUCUUCAGCACAUCUCAACAUGGUUUCGCACUGAACUCGCUUUAUCGCAAAAUGGCGCGACUCGAGAGUCCAGUAUUGAUUGUUAUCGAGGAUACAGAGCACAAUGUCUUUGGCGCUCUCACCUCUUGUUCGCUGCACGUGUCCGAUCAUUUCUACGGCACUGGCGAGUCCCUGCUCUAUAAGUUCAACCCCAGCUUUAAGGUAUUCCAUUGGACUGGUGAGAAUAUGUACUUCAUCAAGGGCAACAUGGAGAGCUUGUCAAUUGGUGCUGGAGACGGUCGCUUCGGUCUCUGGCUGGAUGGCGAUCUGAAUCAGGGCCGCUCGCAACAUUGCAGCACAUAUGGCAACGAGCCAUUGGCGCCACAAGAAGACUUUGUUAUCAAAACACUCGAAUGCUGGGCAUUUGUUUAAAUGAAUUUCUGUUUGAAAACAACAAAAAAUCAUUACGUGAAUAUUUAAUUAAUUAUAUGUACUAAAAACUAAAUGCUAAAACAAAAACAUCAACCUGAGAAUGAUAUCAAAACCCUCUCUCUCUCUCACACACACACACACACGCACACAACACAUCCACACAGACAGACAGAAAAAAAUCCAAACUGCAAAGCAACAAUUUUAGAAGAGAAAAAAACAAACAAUAUUUGUUGCGUGUGAAAGAAAUGAUUAAAAAAAAACAAAAACUUGUGCGCUGCAAUUAUUUAGUUUUUAUAUCGAAAGCUAAAUUGUGUGUUAAUUAAUGAAAAGCCAUGUGAGGAGCAAACGAUAAAGCAAAAGAAAAAUACAUAAACACACACCCACACACAUAUAUAUAAAUAUACACUAACUGUUAAAAUUUCAUGCACACUCACACACACACACAAACACACACAUACACAUUAAUUUAAUUUAAGUUCUCUGUUCAUUUUGAAAAUUAAAAAAGUAAGAAACAAUUUGUAUAACAAAAAGGAAACCGCAAUAAUGAGUUUGUGUUUUUAUUUUUAUAAUUUAAUUUAAUUGAUUUCUGAUUUAAAUGUACGCAGUAAUAAGCAAAAUGUUAGCGAAAAAUAUAUACAAAACAAAAAAAUAUACAUGUCGAUAUAAUUUUUAGUCUGCAGACACAGGCGGUUUUGCAAAUUUUAAAUGAAGAUGAUGAUGAAGAAGAAGAAGUAGCGAAGAUGAGAAACGAAACCUUUUUGUGUAAUAAUUUGACUUUUAUAAAGAGAAUAACUUUUAUUUGUAACUAUUAUAUUUAAUUAUUCUUAUUUUAUGCUAAUGAUGUUGAUUUAUGAUUUAUAUGCUACAUACUAAAAAACAACAACAACAACAACCACAACAGAUGAUAAGGAAACAACACAAGAAUGAAAUACAAUUAUAAUACAGCAAACAAACAAACGAAAA